AUGGCUGCCCGAAGAAUUGCUCUCGUAACUGGUGGCAACAAUGGCAUUGGCUACGAGACAGUUAAGGCGCUUCUUCAAUCCAACCAGCGAUAUCAUGUCCUCAUGGGCAGUCGUUCUCUAGAGAAGGCGCAGCGUGCGAUGGAGAAGCUGCACGAAGAAUGUAGUGGCUCUGCCAACACGGUGGAAGUGCUUCAAGUCGAUCUCAACAGUGACGAGUCGAUCGAAAUCGCAUUCGAUCAAGUGAAGACGAAGCUGGGACAAAUCGACGCACUCAUAAAUAAUGCUGGAGCGACAUUCGACCUCGCCUUCGUGGCCGGCGAGGUUAGCCUCCGCGAUUCCUUUAUGAGAUCGUACAACGUCAACGUGGCGGGUACAAACGUUUUAACCUGGAAAUUCAUGCCACUCUUGCUCAAGUCCCCGGAUCCUCGUUUGAUCUUCGUCACAGGUCUCUCCAAUGUCACACGAGCGAGCAGGUCUUAUUUCCCCACCCCGCCUCAACCUGCUGGGUGGCCGAAGAAGAUCGAUUUCGAGACAAUUGGGUAUCGGUGCAGUAAGACAGCGCUGAACAUGUUGAUGGUGGAUUGGAAUCACAAGUUGAAGGCAGACGGAGUCAAGGUUUGGGCUGUUGGGCCUGGAUUCUUGGAGACGGAUCUGGGGAACGCACGACUGUUGGCCAAAGAGAUGGGGGCGAAGCACCCCAGUAUCGGUGGAGAGUUCAUCAAAAGUGUUGUUGAGGGAGCAAGAGAUGACGAUGUUGGAAAAAUCGUGGUGAAAGAUGGGAUCUCGGAAUUCUGA